CUGCCGGCCGGUGUCUCGUCCCACAUCAGGCCAACAAGUCGUUCAGCCAACAUGAAUAGCUACAUUGUUGUCCUUGCCGCCCUGCUGGCCGUCGCUACCGCUGACCACCACUUUAAGAGGUGCCCCUGGACCAUCGGCAAAUUCCCAUUCGACGAGGCUAAGUUCGCCGGAGAAUGGAACGCCGUCGCCUACUUGCCCAAUGAGAAGUUCGGCGAGAAGAAGUGCACCAAGCUGAGCGUGUCGUCCUUCAAGGGCGAGUCUGGUACCACCCUGAACUACAAGUUCACAUACAUCCAGGACGGCAAGAACAAGGCUGGUGAGAUGAUCACCUUCAGCAAGGGUGAUAAGGGAGCCAUGGCCUACGCCACCUACAAGAAGGAGGAGGCUAGCAGUUUCUCUGCCGUGUACAAGCAGGCUAUUGUGGCCACCGACUACGAUACCUACGCCGUGUUCCUCGCUUGCAGACCCACCUUCAACGAGGAGACCAAGGAGUUCGGUCGCGACCUGCACGCCACCAUCCUCAGCCGCACCACCACCCUCCCUGAGGAGAAGCUGAAGACCCUGAAGAGCCUUCUCACCAGCUACGACAUCGAAUAUGAUAGCAUCAAGCUGGCCGACAACUCUUGCUAAAUUUAACAUGACGACUCCCGCUAAGAAAACUGGACUGAAACUUGACUAAGAAACAAAAUGCAUUUAAGCGCUCAUAGAUUGUGUAGUUUUUAAUGGAACAAACUGAAGAUUUCGAGUUAAUUUUUUUACGAAAUGAUAAAAUGACCUGAAUGUGAGAACUCUUUUAUAAUUAAAGACAAAAAACCCAAAAAA